CUAAAUAUGAACGAAAUCGGUCUGCAGUCAAGAUUUGGGGGUCCUCAAGGCAACAGAUUUACGAAGGAAUAUAAGUCACCUCAGGAAUCACGGUUCAAGAUGGCCUCUUUCACUGAAAUGGUAAAGACGAAGAAGAUGGUCACCAACAAGGUGACACCAAACCAGAGUACGGUUCAAGAUGACUCCAACAGUAAGGCUAGGCCCAGAUAUAGCUACCUGAGCUCGACUGUUAAAUAAACCCAAAAUAAAAGCAGUCAAGCAUCAAAAGGUUUAUCUCGAAAGCGGCGAGGAAGGCGACAAGAAUGGAUCUUACUCAUAUAAUCGAGUCAAGAGUAAAAUAUCAGCCCGGAAAGUAGUUUCUAAUCAGAAGGAACGAGUUAUAAGUUCAAAGUUCACCACUGGGAUAGCUCAGAGAGACUCAAAAAGCAUCAAGGGAUUCAAGUCUACUGAUAAAGUUUUUAACAAAAGAUCGCUAAUAAAUCAGCAUUCCCAAAAAGUUCCUAUAAGGAAGCCAAUGAUGUCGGCGAUGAAUACUAAAAUGGCUGGGAAUCCUGGAUUAAGGAAGAAGAGUUAUGUCAACAAUACUCAGUUGAAGAACUCCAGAUUACGGAAGCAGAUGUCUGAAGAGAUAAGACAUAGCUACAGCUCAGGAACACUUGGCACUCCAAAUAUAGUGAAGCCAAAGGCUUCACUGAUCUCUUCCAAAGUAAACUUUGAAUCAGAUAUUUAUCACAAUGAUUAUACUGAAGACAGCAGUUACUUGGUAGUUGAGGCCAAGAAUAGCAGGGUUAAGCGGUCAGAAGGAGAGCCUGAUCCUUAUACUCAGGUCUCUGAGCUAAGAAAGGAAAGGUCCACCAUUACACCUUCCAGAUCUGCCAUCAGGAAUCGUAUAAAGCCAUUACAAUUCACUAGCGAUGCUUUCCAACAGCCAUGAACUGAAGAGCAUGAAAAUCUAGUCGUAAACCUGGAAGAUAUUGUUAAAGAAGAAGACAUCAUUUUCAGGAUUCAAGAACUUAUUAAGGAAAAAGAACCGAUCGAACCACUUUGUAAAGAGUGGUUCGCUCUUAUGAAGACAUCUAGUGUCAGGGAGAUGCAGAUCUUUUUCGAAGAAAAUGACUCUAGGAAGUUAAUCCGGUGUCAACAGAUAAUCCUCAUUUUGUCUUUUGGGUACCUAGAACUUCUCAAUAAGAAGUUAUACAAAAAUAACAAGAGUAUAUCUUCCAUGAGUAAUAUUCUAAGUUUCAUGCACAAGAAUUACCUGAUUUUCGUCGAAUUUAUUUGCCAAAACCUGAACGAAGACCAGAUGACAAAGACAAAGCACUGGGUGGAUGAGCUUCUCAACAUUCUUUGCGACAGGCCUGCCGCAAAAUCUUAUGAUAACUGAAACAACACCGAAACUCUGACAAGAAACAACCAGAUGUCUUCGGACCUUCUUAAAAACAUGUGUAGAGGUGUCUCUGACCAAGCAGAGUACAAUAAAAUGGCUAUAGAGAUUUUGAAAUAAAUUUGAGAAUCUUUCUGUCUCCUGGGUAAGAACCAAAGUCAUCGAGAUGGUUAAUAAUAUCAAAGAGAACCGGGUUAAGAGACCGGCUUCCUCGAUUAAUUCAAGCACCUUGGCUCGUAAGAGCCAAGGACCUAAAUUUACAGCUAAUUCGAGGAGAGGCUAUAAUAAUAUUGGUAUCGACAGAAAUAUUCAUCCCACUAAGAAACCAUCAAAGCUCAAGAAGCAUAUCUCAGAAGAGCAAGCUCGGAAGAACGUCAAAUCUCUCACUAUUGACUUAUACUCAGAGAAAGGUCAUACACGAAAGAAGAGCAAGUUAAAAGAGCCAACCAAGUUUAGAGAUUCAAAGGAGUCCAGCUUGAAGAACUAUACCAAGAAGUACCCUGAGAAAGCUCCUGCGACUAAGCUAACCCAGCCUAAAAAGAGUUAUCCCUCAAUGUACAAAAUGCAUGAUGUUGUUCAGUCUUAUAAGUCAAAAGUGGAGAAAACUAGGAAUAGUAAUUUAUCUAGAAUGGUGAAUGAUACGAUGGAGGAUUUCGAGAACGAGAGUUUCCCUUCAGAACGUCCUAACUGAGAAGUCCCAGUUCCUCAUAAGAUGAACCCCCUGAAUAGUAAGAGGUUCUCCACAGAUUUUGAUGCUAAAGAAGAGAGUAAAAUUUCUAAAAAUGAGACGAAUACUACCUCUAAAGCUCAGACAGAUGACAGCUUUGGGGUUCCUAAAACUCAGAAGAAGUCUCAGGUGAGGGAAUCCAUUAGCACUCUCAACUCAGGUGAGGUUCUUGAGUUGACAGUCAACAAUAGAAAUAGUAUCGAGGAGAAGCUCCAAGAAAAACAUUUCAGCACAGAAAGCCCAGUUCCUAAUAAGAAGUCCUCUUUUUAUCUUGACAAAGAGGAACUCAAAUAAACCUACGAUGCAUGAAGCUCCUUCAACGUUGAAGAAGACCAGCUUUGAUGAAUUCUUCCACGAUGAAGAGAAGGCUGAGGUUGAUCAGAGUAAUGAUAACAAGAUCAAAUCAACUAUGAAGCAAAUUUCUUCCGACUCUGAUUACGGCAUUGAGGAUAUUCAAGUCCAAAAGAGUAAUAGUAGUAAGUUAAUUCAGCAACCAGACAUGGUGGACCCAAAAAAAAUAACCUCGCCUACCAAGCAGAAGGCUAUAUUCGAGAAGAAGACUACGAUCGUUGAACAAACACAGAAAUUAAUCAAUACAGUGAUUGAGACUCAGAAGAAGUAUGAAAGGGAGAAAACCGAGAGGAAGAAUACCCUUGGCUCCUUUUGCACUUCACAAGAGGAUCGAAGUAUCUCUCGCAAUUCCCCCUCGUUACUCAAUCAGAACGUGGACACUCCUGUUAAGGAGUGUAGCGACAAAAGUGAAGAGGAGCUCAGAAUGGAAGUGUCUCUCCCAACAGUUGAGAAGUUAGAGCCAGGCUCCCAAAAACAUCUCUUAUCCUUUCAUAAGCAGCAAGCUGAAGAUGAAGCAGUCGAGGACCAUAAGCCUUCCCAAGAUUUGUUGAGCGAAGAGAGGCACAAGCAGGGAUAUGAACAUAAGUUUGAGAAAGAACAUGUUAUGAAAUUCCUUCCAUUUGAAAAAGCAGAGUCACUUGGUCAUACAUUUUUGGAUCAUGUGUCUGAACAUACUCGUGCUCGGUCUAAUUCUCACAAUCUUCUUGUCAUACCUUCCUUCUUACAACAAAAUUUUGAGGAAAUGAGGUCCUCUACUCCAAAUAAGGUUGAGCAAAAGAAGGAGGUUUGAAAAAAUUCUACUGAAAAACAAUCAAAAUCACCUGAAACUAACAAUAUCAUUGAGGAUGAGAAAAUGGCUCAAAAGCCUGCAAUUCCGAUUCCCAUUGAGCAAUUCACUCCAGUGAAGGAGACCAAGCCAGUCAAGAAGAUUAGACCAGCAAAGCAAUUUGUUGAAGCUGAAGACCCCGAACUAAUUGUCAUUAAUAACGAAAUUAGAAAUAUCAGAAAAGAGAAAGAACUUGAAAUGCCACAUCGACCAAGUAGUAUUUUGAAAUAUCGGAAAAUGAAUACGUUAGAAAGUAAACAUGAAAGCGAAGAGAAGAAAUCUGAAGAAACUAAAGAGGAGAUUUCUGCUUCCAAUCCUCCUCGUGAUGACUCUUGUCUCCACUCACCUCUUGGUUCUAAUCCUCCUCUUGAGACCUUCACUGAUGACAAUGGCCUUGACCUUCUCAUCGAUCCUGAUGAAGACCCUGAAGUCGCUGCCCAAAUCGACGCUGCUCUUGCCGGACCAGCAGACCCUGAACUUGUAAAGCCAGCUCCUCCGUACCUUCCAGCUCUGCCUGCCAACAAAGAAUACACGUUGGUGCUGGACCUCGAUGAGACUCUGAUCCACUACAGAGACGACGACAAGUUCUACUUGGUCAGGCCUGGAGUGCCCCAGUUCCUGGCAGAACUCAGCCAGCUCUUCGACAUUGUGUUGUUCACAGCCGGAGUCAAGAAGUACGCUGACUGCAUCGUCGACAACAUCGACCCACAGCAGUGCAUCGCCCACCGAUUGUACAGGCGACAUACUGUGUUCAGAGACGCGAUGUACAUCAAGGACUUGAGCUUGCUGGGCAGGGACUUGGCGAAGACUCUGAUUAUUGACAAUCUGUAUGAGUCGUUCCUGAGUCAGCCCCACAAUGGAAUUCUCGUUAAAAGCUGGUACGAUGAUAUGGAAGAUACUGAGCUUCUCACUCUCCUUCCUUUCCUCAAAGGUCUCGUCGAGGAUGAAGUCCCUGACAUCAGAGAAGUACUGAAACAAAUCAUGAACUCAAGCAGUGACCCAGGAGACGAAGAUGAAGAAUACCUCGAAUCAUGAAAUCCUAAUCCAAUUGCUACCUAAAUUUGCUAAAUAAUGACCCUAAUAUAUUCAAACUAACAUUUUUCAAU